AUGAAAAUCCACCCAUUACCCAAGAAACGCAACAUUUCAUUGCGUUACAGCAUCCCAUCGAAUUUGUCAACCAAGAAGCUCCGUAGACUCCCCCACAUCUUCGAGAAAGUGCUGGAACUCCCGUUCCACUCGGACGCCGAGGUUUCGGUCCACGAAACCUCGGAUUGUCUGCGGUUUAUUGUCGUGACUGAUGAUGAUUUCGGGCAGGAUGUGAGGGCGCAGACGGUGGAGAUUUUUCCGGGGGUUACGAAGAUUGUUGUGAGAGGGAGUAAUUAUGUUAAUUUGUGUGAAAUUGGGUUUGAUGAGGUGGGGUUUGAUGUGUGGAGGUUUCGGUUGCCCGCGGGCACGAAGCCGGAGAUGGCUACUGCGGUUUAUAGUGGUGGGGAGUUGGUUGUGAUUGUGCCGAAAGGCGAGGAGGAAUUGGAUGGGAUGGAGGGCGAUGAUCGGGAAGAGAUGUGGGGGGAUGGGGAUGGGAGGCUUGUGCUUGUACAGUAA